UGUGUCACUGUCACAGCUGAUUUUAUAUUUAAUUAUUAUUACUUAGAAAUAUUAAAUUUAUACAGAAUACAGAUUACUAUCUGAAAACUAAAUAACUACCAUUUCUGGAAUUCCCAAUAAUCUACAUGAAAAUGUCGCUUAAAGCCUUAACAUUUGUUACGGGAAAUAUAAAGAAAUUGGAAGAGGUUAAGGUUAUUUUAGGGAAUAAUUUCCCUCUUGAAGUAACAAAUCAUAAAUUAGAUCUACCAGAAUUACAGGGUGAGAUCAAUGAGGUUUCAAUACAGAAGUGCCGAGAGGCAGCGAGACGUCUUAACAAGCCGGUGAUAAUCGAAGAUACAUGCUUAUGUUUUAACGCUUUACAAGGGUUACCAGGUCCAUAUAUAAAGUGGUUUUUGGAUAAAUUGAAACCCGAAGGCUUACAUCAACUGCUAGCAGGAUGGGAAGAUAAAUCUGCAGAAGCAGUUUGUACAUUUGCUUACUCUCCUGGUAAUCCUGAAGAUGAAGUUAUUUUAUUUCAAGGAAUAACUACAGGCACAAUUGUAUCUCCUAGGGGAACAAGAGACUUUGGCUGGGAUUGUAUAUUUCAACCAGAUGGCUAUAAUAAGACUUAUGCUGAAUUACCAAAGGAAGAGAAGAAUAAAAUCUCUCAUAGAUUCAAGGCAUUAGAUAAGUUAAAAUCUUAUUUUGCUCAAAAUAGUACAUAGCUAAUUUUUAUAAAUAAAAGACAUUCAAACAUUGUUUAAUCUAUAUUAAGGCAGCAAUGUUAAUGUACAAAGUAUAAUGCUUAAAACAAUAUAUGGUUUUGAUAUAACA